AUGACCUCCUCCUCCCAGGAUAAAUCAUCGAACUUCAUUAGAAAAAGCGCCGACAAUCGAAUGAUGUUGUUGCAAUUGACUCCGAGCCAGAAUCAAAACACGACGGCUGCUGUGAGAAAAUUGACAGAACAUGAGAACGAAUUGCAAUGCAGGAUACACCUGACAAGUGACUACGAGCCGAACCAAGUGGAAAUCAAAGUGGAUCCCGAAAAGCAGGAGCUAACUAAUUAA